GCGAGGACAGUGAAAGCUCUCCAUUGCGCGUGCUUUAAUAGAGUUGUGUGCUGCUGAAUGCAUUGAAGAUUAACGUCAGAUGGACUCUGUGAAAGGAAGAAAUAUAAUUACCAAGACUCAAUAAGGACAACAGAGAAGUUUACAAAGGAACAUCUUUUUCUAUUAAGCCUCCACGGCAAGUCGAGGUAGCGCGCGAAGGUGAAGUUCUGUAUGGGAUUUGUUUAAUCGUCACAUGAAGUUGGUGUGAAGAAUCAGGACUUUUUACAUCUCUGUGAUCGUUCAUAUUUUUGGCCAAUAAGAUAAUGACAUUAAGAAUGGAAUGCAACUGAACAUUGUAAAAACAACUUCCAAUAAUGUGGAUUACGUUCAAUUUCCUUCUUUCUCUUUUUGCUUAUGAUAAAAGGAGGUUCUGAAGGAUAUAUAUAAAUAUAAAUAUUUCCAUCUUGUGCUGUGUUGUCGGUGGACCAACUCAAAAUACCAGGCAUGCUUUUCCAGUUUGAAUAAUUCAUGAAAUAGAACGUGCCUUCUAGGGGUUGGGAAAAAAAGUUAAGACGACACGGGGAGGGGAAUAAUAAGUAGAAUUGUUCAAAGUGGUGAGGGGGAUGGCCACAGCGGCUUCUAAUCCUUACCUGGCCAGCAAUAGUAUUCUCUCAUCAGCCUCCAUCGUGCACUCGGAGUCCGGAGGUGGUGGCAUGCAGCCGGGAAGUGCUGCCGUAACCUCGGUGUCGGGAGGCUACAGAGGAGAUCCCACGGUCAAGAUGGUACAGAGCGAUUUCAUGCAGGGAGCCAUGGUAGCUAGUAACGGGGGGCACAUGCUAAGCCAUGCCCAUCAAUGGGUUACCUCGCUGCCUCACGCUGCUGCCGCAGCAGCCGCUGCCGCCGCCGCGGCUGCUGAAGCCGGCUCCCCGUGGUCCUCCAGCCCUGUUGGCAUGGCUGGCAGCCCACAACAACAAGAUGUCAAGAACAAUUCAAACAGGGAAGACCUGCACGCUGGCACGGCGCUGCACCACAGACCCACGCAUCUUGGUGCUCACCAGUCCCACCAAGGCGCGUGGGGUGGCAGCGCAGCCUCGCAUAUCCCCACCAUCACCGGAGGGCAACAGCAGUCCCAACAGUCUCUGAUUUAUUCCCAGCCCGGUGGUUUCACAGUCAACGGGAUGUUGAACCCCACUGGGAGUUUGGUCCACCCGGGGUUGAUGCGAGGAGAUUCUCCAGAAAUGGACCACGGGAGCCACCAUCAUCACCACCACCACCACCAUCAGCAGCAGCAGCAGCACCCUCACCACCAUCACCAUCACCACCAGCACCACGCGGGAGUGAACAGCCACGACUCGCACUCCGACGAGGACACGCCGACCUCCGACGACCUGGAACAGUUCGCUAAGCAGUUUAAACAGCGUCGGAUCAAACUGGGUUUUACUCAGGCCGAUGUCGGCUUAGCACUAGGAACUCUUUACGGAAACGUCUUCUCCCAGACCACCAUUUGCAGAUUCGAGGCCCUCCAGCUGAGCUUUAAAAACAUGUGCAAACUCAAGCCACUGUUGAACAAGUGGCUGGAGGAGGCUGACUCCACCACGGGCAGUCCCACCAGCAUUGACAAAAUAGCAGCCCAAGGCAGGAAACGAAAGAAGCGCACCUCCAUCGAGGUGAGCGUAAAGGGAGCCUUGGAAAGCCAUUUUUUGAAAUGCCCCAAACCCUCGGCACAGGAGAUCACCUCGCUCGCAGACAACCUUCAGCUGGAGAAAGAGGUGGUUCGGGUCUGGUUCUGCAACCGAAGGCAGAAAGAGAAGAGGAUGACGCCGCCCGGGGUCCCUCAGACGCCCGAGGACGUGUACACCCACACCGGCAACGUGAGUGCAGACACACCGCCUCCGUCCAUGGACUGCAAACGAGAGUUUUGUGAUAGAAUACUUAAAAGGUGCAAGUUUGAAAGAUGAGCCGGACAACAACUACAACGUGACAACUACCAGCUCCUAUGGCCAGGAGAUUCUGGUGCACUGACACCGAAAUGAUGACAAACCCAAAGCCAACGUAGACUUUAUGAAUUCCCUUUAAGGGAAAUUACAAAAGAACUCUCAAGGACAUGGAUCAAUGCAGACAGGCAUUAAAUAUUAAACAGUGGAAGAAUUUACCCCAGGACGCGCAGGAAUUAUAUUACUCAUUUGAACAAAAAGGAAUUGUCCACUUUGGGAACAUUAUGUGCAACGAACUACACCUUUUCUACUUCAUAGUAUUUUUGUGGACUACACUUCUGUGACUAGCUUUUACACAGAGAAAAAAUAAGGGAAAACAAUUUGAUUACUCUAAACUGCACUUAUUUUCCAAUUUCAGCCUCUCCCUGUAAACACUUUUUUGUUGUUGUUUGGCUAAAUAAUCGUAGAUAUUGCCCUCCUGUUUUACCAGGCAGAAGUUUUUGGUGGGUUUUGAUAACACGUCUGUGUACAUUUGGCAAUAUGGAUGAUCUGUGUUGAUUUAAAUGAUUUGCUUUAUAUUUUUCACUAAAAUCAAUCUUUCAAAUAGUUUCUGGAGCAAUGGCAGAUUUGUUGCGCAAUGUGAUGACUUUCAACCUAGUAGCAUUUCUUGUAGGCCUUCAUCGUUUCCCCCUCUGUCAUUUUAACGAUUGAUUAUAUUUUAUACUGUUAUUAUCACACUUGUUAUUACAUGCAGAAUUGUACACGAACACAUUGACAAAGCUGAAACAAACCGUUCCUCGUUAUUGUUAUUUAAAUUCACUAUACUCACUCAGCGAGAGGUGAAUGAGAACAAUAAAUCUGAUAGCUCUCAGAUGCA